AUGUCCAAGAAGCCCCUCGGCCGCUCUACAGGCUCUCUAAACGCCCCUAUCGCAGCAUUCACAAUGGCCGUCGUGCUAUGCUCGUACUGCAUCUACUCGAUCAAUUCUGCGCGGAGGGGCGCGCAUGUCCAGUCUCAGUUUCAGGAGUCUGAUUCGGCAUCGGCCUCAUUGAGUGCCGCGCAGAGGAGGUGCAGGCAGAGGGAACGGCAGGAUGAGUGGGUUCAGAGGGCGUUGGAGGAGAGGGGGAGGGAUGGGAAGGGGGGUGUUUAA